GGUCAGAGAGGAUGACGUUCCAGAAAGAAUUACGUUUUUACUGGGAAGGGUAGGUGUAGUAUUGAGUUACGAAAUUAAAGGAUAAAUAUGGAGCAACGAAAAUUUCCUUUUCAAUUUUCGGACACUAAUCAAGCUGAACGUAGGUCAGAAUUUCUCAAACGUUUUGGUUUUCGACCCGAAGAAGAUCGUGGUAUGUUUUGUGAAGCAACCCAAUUAAGUCCAGAAUGGCCUGACUGGCAUGGAAGAUUUCAUCACGGAGGGUUUGGGCAUGGGCAUGGUGAUGGAAGUAACUCCCCAUCAGAAUCCAACUCUAGUAGUCCAAACAUUUGUCGCAAAGUAGGAUCAUCCUUUAGUAACUGGAAUUGUGAUGAAGAGGAAAUACCGAUUAAGGUAAUUCACCAAAAGGGUGCUCCUAUGAAAACAAGUGGUGAGUAUGUGUGUACUUCAGAGUCAGAGACAUCAUCUCAAGGCAGUGAUGCUCAGCCUGGACAAUCCCAAAGAAGACCUCUUGAACCACGCAUUUACCAUAUUCCCAUACUUGUGGAGCCUCGGGAUGGCUCUACAAGUUCAGGAUAUGCUUCUGAUGGUACUAGUGAAGAAGCAAAAACCAGAUCACACCAACAGCACCCUUCUGAAGGAGAGGACUGGGGUAGUCCAAGUAUAAAGCAGCUGAGGCAGAACUUUGAAAACCGCAGCUCAUCUAGUGGCAGUCAAGGUAGUACAUGGCAUUCUUUGUCCAAUAGACAAGACUCUGCUAGUCAAAAUUGUCCAGCUCGAGGUAAUUGUGAUUCAGAGAGUCCACAUACAUCAACAACAAAAGUUUUUUAUGUACCAAUCAAAAAGGAAACACAAGAAGAUUUCCCAAAGACUCAAGAGGAUUCUCCUCAAUUGCUUGUCAAUCACCAAGAUCCUUGUUCUUCUCUCAGGGCCGAGGAACCACAUUCUGGUAACAAUUUCUCCAGUAAAGGUUGUCAUGUAACAAGAAUAAAUAUUAAUGGUGGAUCAUCUCAUUAUCAAGGACAUAAUAGUGAUUUGCCUUGUAGUACCCAACAGCAAAAUUCAAGUACAAUAAGUGACAGUUGUGAUGGACCCUCAGAAUCCCAACAACUAGACCCCUUUCAGCAAAUAGCUGCUAUAAGAAGUGAACUUGAUAGACUUAAAAUUGAAGUAACAGCAUUUGAUGGAUCUACCAUCAAUAGACAGAAAAAGUAUGGAUACUUAGAUGAGAUGUUGACAAGGUGUAUGCUAAAGCUUGAUGAUGUCAUCACUCUUGGAGAUGAAGAGGUUCGGAAAGCCAGAAGAGCUGUUAUUAAAGAUGUUCAGCAGUGUAUUGCACAACUGGAAGCUAAAGUAAAACCUCUGUCUGAGGACUGUAAUGAAGAAACCGUUUCUAAUGCAACUGUCAAAGAUGGUGGAGAGUCAUACUCAGGAAAUGAAGACAUUCUUAAUCAACAACCAGAAGAACAAGAGGAGAGUGAUCAACACACAAAACUGUAAAUUAGUUUUCAUGUUAUUCUUGUGAAUGAAUAUGAGACAACCUGAAUAGAAUCAAGUAAACAUUAAUACAUUUUUCAUUCUAGUAGUGGGUCUCAAAAAAUCUUUUCAUAAAUGUUUGGAUGAUGUCAGAAUUUAUCUUUUGAGAAAAUGAUUGUUGGAAAGAUUAUUUUGAUCAGUUGGAAAGAAAUGU